UCUAAAUACUGAGAUAUUGAUCUUCGUCUUUCUCUCAUCGUCUUGUUGUUUUUCAGUCUGAAUCAUUUUCAUAUUUCAUCACUGAUGAAUAAUUGAUGACGUCAUGAAUUAAUGAUCCUCCCGCGGGCUGUGGCGUCACGUGACCCGCGGCUCCCUUCAGUCAGUGUCAGAGCGCACGAGGCGGCGCACGGACGACGCGCGAGACCGCGACCGCCUGACGUCAUGCUGCCGACAGAGAGCUUCACUCUGGUGACCAACACAACUUUGCCGUGUGAGCCUCCGUACGAGGAGGGCCGCCUGCCGCUGGUGCUGCUGUACAGCACGGUGCUGGCUGUGGGCCUCCCUGCUAACCUGCUGACUGUCUACCUCACCUUGCUGCAGGUGUGCAGGAAGAAUGUGCUGGGUGUUUACCUGUUGAGCCUGUCGCUGUGUGACCUCACCUACCUGUGCACUCUGCCACUGUGGGCGUACUACGUCAGCGCAGGUCACUGGUGGCCGUGGAGCUCCGCUGCCUGCAAGCUAACGGGCUACAUCUUCUUCAACAACAUGUACAUCAGCAUCUUCCUGCUGUGCUGCAUCUCCUGCGACCGCUUUGUCGCCGUUGUCUACAGCGUGGAGUCCCGUGGCAUCCGCCGGCAGCGCGUCGCCUUCUUCAUCUCUGUCUCCAUCAUGCUGGUGGUCGCUGUUGGCCACAUCCCUGUCUUCACCAUGAGGGAAGGCAACGCCGCUGAGGGCGACCGGCGCUGCUUCGAGCCCACUCAGAGCAGCCCCACGGUGACGGGCUUCAACUAUGCCCGCUUUGUGGUCGGCUUCCUGAUUCCGCUGCUGGUGCUGGUGGCGACGAACCGCAGCAUCCUGACCGAUGUGCAGCGCAGCACGGGGCUGCGGCAGGAGCAGAAGGACCGCAUCCGCUGGCUGGCGGUGGCGGUGGUGGUGCUGUUCCUGGUGUGCUUUGCCCCGUAUCACGUCAUCCUGCUGGUCCGAGCUGUCACCUUCCACUUCCCCCAACUGGAAGAUGGUCCCUGUACAUUCGAGAGCACCAUGUACACGCCCUACACCAUCUCCCUGGGCCUGUCCACUGUCAACAGCGCUGUCAACCCUAUCCUCUACGUCCUGUCCAGUGACAACAUCCGCAAAGAGCUGAGCCGAGGCCUCGCUCAGGUCUGUGACCGAAGACACCUGAGACCACGAUCUGACAGCAGCCAGAACAAGAUGCAACCCACCAAGAACUCAACAGAGUUGAUGGCAGUGACUGAGACCGAGAGACACCAGAGACCUGAUGGACUGGGCUGACUGGACUUUGUCCGACCAUACUGGUACCUGCUGGUCCCUUCUGGGCUCCUCAAACAAACUCCUCCUGUUCUUGGUGGAUCUGAACAUGUGAAGACUGCUGUGGUGUUCAUGGUGUCACUAGAGGACUCAUCAGGACCUGAACUGAUGAUCUGGACUGAAGUGGUCUGUGGAGUCCAAGUUUAGUCCAAAUGUUCCAGAACAAACUGAACCUUCUUUUGUUUACAGUUUUUUCCAAUUGCUAAAACACAAUUUUGCAAACUCGGCUGGUUUUAUCAAAAUACUGAACACAAUUCACAAACCAAACACCCAAACUACAAAAGACCUCAAAUAUCCUGCAGAAUGAAGCACUGCAACCAAAACUACACGUAGAAUUAUCAAAAUCAAACUGUUGCACCAGAUGGCUCACACUUCAUUCAUAUUACCAGCUACACUCUGUUGGUUAAUGAAAAGCACUCUCAUCUUCAGGAUGCGUUGCUAUAAUACUAACAUACAGUCAUGGAAAAAAUUAUUAGACCACCCUUGUUUUCUUCAAUUUCUUGUUCAUUUUAAUGCCUGGUUCAACUAAAGGUACAUUUGUUUGGACAAAUAUAAUGAUAACA